GAUUUACCUCCUGUAAGUACAUUCUUCGGAAACAUGGAUUCAUUUUUUUUGCUUAUGCCUCGUAUUCGUUCGUCAGCUAGAUGGCUUUUAUCGUGUUGUAUUGCCAUCAAACGGUAAUCCUAAGAAUAUUAUAUAUAAAUUCAUCAUAUUCUUGAGUAUGAGUACUCUCAUUCUCUAUGAUUAUCCUCCUCAAUACAAAUACUGCUUUCCUUUUUUGUUCUGUAGGCACCCGUGAAGCAGUAAUGCUUAUGAAAUUAAUGUCUUGAGCUUGAAGUAGAGAACAAUAGUGUGUGUGUUCUACCUAAAAGAAGUGGUGGCUUGAAGAUCGUCUUCAGGCAAGGAUCAAGUAAAAAUGGCAUCGGCGAAAAACGAUGCGCUCAGGGUACUAACACUGAUAUAGUAGCUCCAUGUUGGAUGAAUUAUUGAUUGUCCGCGUACUAAUGUUUUAGUUUCACCAAACGUAUUGAUGUCUUCGCUUAGUGCGGGGAAUUAUUAUAGAUUUCCAUACUUCUGGGUCUGGAGGUGGGGCCCCUGAAAAUUGCUCUGGAAAUUCGUCUGCAUGAAAGCGUAUAGUAUGUUGAUGAAAGUAGAAAUAUUACAGUAGUUACAGUACCACGUUGAAAGUAGAGGAUAGAGAUCAACAUGAGAUCUCACGAAGCGCAUUGUAGACGGAAUUAGUAGUGUAGUUGUGGUCUUUUUUACCCCUGGAGUGGGUACAUUCAUUCACUCACUCCUUAUCGAUUGCCAUCAUUGUCACAUACUUACCCACACUCCUUUCAGGAACGCACCCUUGAGGGUACGUUGAAUUAUUACGACGAGCAACGAUGUGUGGGAACUGCGAACGAUAAGGCUAUCGCCGCAAGACUAGGUGGCCACAACUGGAAUAUCAUUUCCAAUGGGGAAUCAGAUGAAAUCUAUCUUCGCCAGCUUCGAAAUAACGACCACUACGUCGACAAAAAUAACAGAACGACGAACAAGUUCAUGCAAAGGAAAAGACAAUUUCCUAGGUACUUCUAUCUUGGUUCUUGGGAUUGUUUUUCUUCAUCACGCUUUGUUUGUUUUCUUAGCAGAUAGACAGUAAGAUGUGACUGAGGACUACAUGGAUGCAAGAAGUAGAAGAAGUUCUUACCAGUAUGCAAGACGGUCUCAGCUUAGACUCAUAUUACAUUCUUUCAAUAUUAAAUUUACAACACGCCAACAGGGACCCACGCGAGCCAGUUAAAAACUCAAUGACGAUGCUAGACGAUCACCCCAAAGUUGCGGAUAAAGAAUGCCGAAGAUUAGAGAGCCAUUUAGCGCAGUUGGAAAACCAUCAGUCAUUUGGGGACUUUCAGAGGAGAAGACACGAGCUUAGGCCUGGUGGCAGUCCAAGGCCAAAUAGGAGAAAUUUGACGGACAUAGUAUUCAUUGCUUGAUGUUCUUGUGCUUCUUAUGAUAUAAGUACAGCUUACAUAUAUUUGAUGCUUCUAAUAUUAACAAUUACAUCCUAGUAAUUGUAAGUAGAUGAAAAUAAAAGUUGAGUCCUCUUGAUCUUCUUGGGAUUUCGAUAGAUUGUCUUGUGCUGGUCCCUUUUUUUAACCACCACACCUCCACUAUCACACCAGGAAGAGAAGCUGAAUGCAACGCGAGUUCGAGGUAAAGACAGUUAUCUUCGAAAAAUCUACAGUGGAACGCAGCAGGAGGGACAAGGGGAGGGAGGCAUCGCAAUAUCUGCAAGAAGUGAUGCUUCGACGAGGUCGAGUAGUAGUACAGCUAGGGUGCGAUAUCCGGAUUGGAGGCAAUUGCAAAACGAGGUAAUUACUAUGUAGCUUACAGUUGUAUCAGUAGUCGGGAAAAGUAUAUCAAUAUCACGGCUACUUUUACCGGAGCACCACUUGAGCGGCUUAUUUUGAUACAAAUUAUCCUACUCAACAUAAUCUGAAACCUAUAAUCUGAAACUGAUCUGGGCAUGGGCAACUCACCAUGACCAAUCUGAAACCUGUAAUCUUCAAAUUUCUUCACUUUCACAGUCUGCAGCUUUCUCGAAAUGCAAGACGGCGAAUACGUAUUCGCAAUCCCUCCACACAUCCGAGUCCGGCGUCGACUUACUCGCGCAGCAAAUUUACAGAUCGAAACAGAGGUAUAAUAGACGUCUAUUUGUUCUGCUUGUGAUUUGUGUGGUGAAUUGAAGUUUAUUCGCGCUCAUAAUCUAGUAGAGGUAAUUGUAAUACUAAUUUUUACAUCCAUCAUUCAAGAAGAAUCUACUUAUAAUCUUUAGCUUUACCAACAUGACCUCAUAGUCAUAAUUCUCUUACACUUACUUCUUGUACCAACAACUACGACCUCCUCCUCUAUCCACCUUAGGACCACUCCUUUGACCUCUCUCCACCAGGAUACCGAAUUACGAUUUCUCCGUGAUACGGAAGAACAACAACUACAGUUCGGAGGACAAGUUGCUAAGAAGCGACAGCUAUUACCGCAAGCCGCGACUGGCAGUGACAAACAACUCAGUGAAAUAUGAUAUGAUCACGAACCAAGUGCUGCCAUUCAAAUAUUCUUGAUGAAGUUGUAGUUUGUUGAUCCUUUCAAAUACUCAUGUUGAGGGGUUAUUAUUUGAUCAUGUUCAAUUUGGCAUAACCGGCAACGGCAUUAGCGAGGUGCUACAGCACGCUCCUGCUGCUGCUACUUAUCGUCGUGGUCACGACAAGUUUUUUGGGUUUAGGUUAUCUUUCUAUCAAUCUGCUUAAUCAAUCUACGCAAUGAGAAGUCUAUGAAUGCAAUUUGAAUGCAAUUUAUCGAGACAAUCAAUCGACUCAAUCUCAAUCUAUCUACGCAAGCAAUCUGCUCAAUCAAUUAUCUAAUAUCAAUCUGCUUAAUAUUCAAUCGCCUAGAAGCAUAAAAUGAAUUCACUCUUCUUUUCUCUGACUGUCGAUGGAUGAUGAUUGUUCCCACUCGAAAAGUAAACAUGAGAAAAAAAACUCUCUUGAAUGAACUUGAGUCGUCGUGGGAGGAAAGGAACUUGCGGGGAUGCAGAGCUGCCUCAGCUAUGAGUUUAAAUCAAGCAACAUACGGCUGUAUUCUAUUGUUGUUGCCUUAAUACUAAUACUAGUACUUGCUACAGAACUUAUUUAUCUGAAGCAAGCAAGCAUGAUUUUCAAACCGAGAAGUUGCUUUAACUUACUUUGGGCAGAAACAGACUGUAUCUAUAGAUACUGGCACUGCACAUCCACAUCUGAUUACUGCCACAUCACUUAAAUUAAGUUUAAGAUAACAAACAUCACUGAAAUUGAGAGAAAGUUGAACUUUGAAUUUUCCUGACGGUACAGGUCGCCUUGUGGAAGGCGAGUCGAUUCCUAU